GUGUGGCUGCCUUGAAACACAAAAGUUUACUUUGCUGGCCUCUGACUAGCUCUGUAGACCGUCGCCCUCCAUCACGCUGCUUAAUUCUUAUUGUUGGAGCGAAGCUGAAUCGGCUCAACUCUCGGUAACGUGUGCCUGAGCAACUGGACGAUACAUCAGCGAAAUGGCUGCAAAAGGCACUGUGAAGCCCUAUCCCAAAUUUGAUGCUAAUGCAGAUGCAACGACUCUGUACAAGGCGAUGAAAGGACUGGGUACGGAUGAGGAUACUAUCUUGCAGCUCCUGACAGCUCGGAGCAAUGCUCAGCGACAGCAGAUUGCCGCAGCCUACAAGACCCUGUAUGGAAAGGACCUAAUUGAAGAUUUGAAAUCGGAACUAGGUGGGAAGUUUGAAACGGUUAUCGUUGGUCUAAUGACUCCACCAACUCUCUACGAUGUUCAAGAACUCAGAAAUGCCAUAAAGGGUGCUGGGACUGAUGAGAAGGUGCUAAUAGAGAUACUGGCCUCCAGGACUGCAAAGCAGGUCAAAGACAUCAUCGCAACAUACAAACAAGAGUAUGAUGCUGACCUUGAGGAAGAUGUGACUGGAGAUACCUCUGGGCAUUUCAGGAGGAUGUUGGUGGUUCUACUCCAGGCAAGCAGGCAGGAGGGAGUCAACGCUGGAUGUAUUGAAAGUGAUGCCAAGACUUUGUUUGCUGCUGGGGAACAAAAAUACGGCACUGAUGAGGACCAGUUCAUCACCAUCCUGGGGAACAGGAGCGCCGAACACCUGAGGAAAGUGUUUGACCAGUACAUGAAACUGUCUGGGUAUGAAAUUGAAGAAAGCAUCAAAAGAGAGACCUCUGGGAGUCUGCAGGGGUUGUUGCUGGCUGUUGUCAAAUGUGCCAGGAGUGUACCUGCCUAUUUUGCAGAAAGUAUCUACUAUGCAAUGAAGGGAGCCGGGACUGAUGACAAAACGCUGAUGCAGAUCAUGGUGUCCAGAAGUGAAAUAGAUAUGCUGGAUAUAAGGGCUCAGUUCAGAAAGAUGUUUGCAACAUCUCUUCAUUCAAUGAUUCAGAAUGACACUUCUGGGGACUACAGGAAGACCCUCCUCCUCCUCUGUGGGGGUGAUGAUGCAUGAGGAAGCUACUAUAAUAGUAAAUGACACUUAGCAAUAUUGAAGGCAUAUCAUUGCUUGCACAUUGUAUGGACCAAAGUGCAUAGUACAUUUUUGCUCUGUUUCUGUUUUUCAUUUUAGUCUGUCUGCAGUGCUUGUUUAGCAUUAGAUUGUUAAAAUAUGAAGUCAUGUUUUAAGUGUACAAAAUGGUUUAAAGCUGCAGACACUCUGCAGUAUAAACCAUUUGGUUUAGAGGUCAUAAACAUAGUGAAAUGUUUUCCUUUCCGGCACUCUUUUUCAAUUCUUCUUUUAAGAUACACGUACAUGAAAUACAUUCAGGUUCAGCCCUCCUUCCUCUGUUUCCAACGUUAAAUGAAGAAAUUAAGUCACUUCUAUUCUGAAUUGUGGUGCUUCUUGUAGUCGUCAUAUUAAACUGUAUUGGCAAUGCAACAAAUUAAAAAUGUUUUCAAUCAGUU